AUGAAGAACAGACAGCCCUCGGAUGAUUCGUCCAACGACCUGUGGAGCGAGAUACGAGCUUUGCUCAAAGAGCAAAAUGAACGACUGCGUAUCCAAAAUAGACUGCUCAAGCAGCUUCUUCUUGAGGGAGAUAAAGGCACUGGAAUUGGUACCAAUGAUGAUAAGAUCCCAGAUGACGAUAAAAGCAAUCAGUUCCUCGAAGAGGAGACACGGCUCGAUGGAAGAAACAAGUCACAAAACUCCUUGAGGUCCUGCCUGAAACGUGACGACCCUGACUUCGAAUUUCAAGGUCAAGGGCAGACUCUUCUUUACGCUGCAGAUGAAACUCUCAAGUAUCCUCGAGUUUAUUAUUCUGUCGAUGAGCGAAAUAGGCCACGCCUCCACAGACUGUCGACAGCCCUGAGAGCUGACACCUUAUGGAAUUACUGGAAGCCUGUUGCCCCAGGAGGAAUAACCUAUCCAGGGCAGUAUCAGUCCUAUCCUGGAGCAGGAUACCCAGAUUAUAUUCCUGAAUGGGAGAUUAAGCGUAUUGGCGAUGGAUGUGGAAAAGCACGAUUGGUUCCUUAUUCUCUCAAUUGCAGUACCUCCCUUCCGUCCAAGUGGGUAUGUGAACCGUUUGAAGAUUGUCAUGUUGGUUUUGGGGAGAACACGGUCGACACCAUACAAGUGCUAUUGACAGCCCUGGGAAAUCUUUAUGCUGUCCCUUGCGACGGCAGAAUGCAAUUCGCAUUUGAUCGAUGCCACCUGAGGAGUCUUGGUUCCUCUGGUCUGAGUUCGCACUUGGAACAGCUCCAGUCGUUCUUUAAGACAUUGAAGGCAAGCAACGGUCGUAUUCAGAUCGUUGAUAUGGACGACUGGAUGCACGCGGUCAUAUACGAGCGCGUCACUGCAUACACUGAAGAAUGGAAAUUAAUCCUCAGGAAUAAGGAUCCAAGAAUUUUGGCCGUCCCAGCCUUGGAGGCAGACCUCCGCAAAGUCAACAUUCGACCAACGCGGUUUUACUACAAGAGCGGAAACGGUAAGCCGACAGAAAUCAAGUGGAGGGAAACGGGCCAUUGGAAUCGCAUUACUAGCUGUGUUGGCUUGAAUGCUGUAGCGCCAUCGUUUGAGUAUGGAUUUGACGCGCUCUAUCACAUACUCUUUCGGAGUUCUACUGGUGCAAAGUUUCAGUACCCGGACCUAGUGCCUGGAAUUCUGAGGACACAUAUUUCCUGUGUUAAACGGAGGCGUUCGCGCAACGACGCACCUGAUUCAAUUGAACCGUUCCACAUCACUUGGUGCCGAAUAGAUGGCACGAAGCCCUCAAUCAAGUCGACCUGGAGGUCUGGAGAGCUGUAUGGGUCAAAGGGCUCAAGAAGCAAGCUGUAUCUGUCCGAGGUCGCCUUCACGUUGGGCUUCAUACCAUCUCAACGGACGCUCUGGUCUAAUACUCGGACUGGAAAGCUAGAAAAUAUGGACCGCAGUCAUUGGUGUCUUAUGCAUCUGGCACCCUCACACUUUCGCCGCUUGGAUGAAUCUAUUCACCGUCGCAGGCAGGAUGACCCACGGACCGCCCCAUUCACCACAGCAGUCACGCUGAUAGAAGAGGCACUGCAGCACGCGGCCAACGAUUGGGACCAGAUUGCCAACCACUUUGACCUUGUUCUCAACCAGAACGAUAGCGUUUUCCAUCCUGACCUUCAUGAUCGCUUUCUCUUCGAUGAUGCUUCGUUUUCCCGAUCGCGGUACUAUUUCUGGCUCAUGGAUAGUCUAGAGGGCUUCACAUCCGCGGUGUCCGAUGCCAUUCAUGAAUGGGAGGUGUACUGGUGGGCUAGAAAGGACGUCUUUGAAGACUACGAAGCUUUCUACCUGGACAAGUGGCGGAACACCGAGGUUGAAUUGGGAUCUCCCAAGCCUCCUCAAGAUCCCCCGCGACUGGAAGAUUCGGUUAAGAGGGUAGAAAGGCAUGUCGCACGAUUGAGAGAAAUCUUGAGCCGUUUCGAGAAUUUGCGUGAUCGAACCAUGACCUUACGAGAUGGACUAUUUAAUGCGAGCGCUGUCAUCGAAUCACGGGCUGCUACUCAGCUUGGUGAAAACGUCAAACUGCUCACAUAUGUGAGCAUAUUGUAUCUCCCACUCAGUUAUUGCGCUGCUUUAUGGAGUAUCAACCGGGAUUUCAAUCUGGUGGUAUUCGCUAUUGUUACAGCUCUUCUAGCUAUAGGCACGUAUGCUCUGGUCCUGAACCUGAACAAUAUUGUGUUAUUGAUCAGGAAGGCUUACCGAAAGCUGCGUACUCCUAUUUUGGAAGCGAUGAAAGAUGACCCGCAUGAAGAAUGGGCCAACUUAGGCAGCGUUUUCAGUCGAUUCACACCCGAGAGACAUGGCGAUCAGCCCUCUGAGUGGAAUGUUCUGCUGUAUGCACUAGUGAUGGUUACAGAGAAGCUGAAAUUUUGGAGAGGCCACUCAAAUGCGAAUAACGACGAACUCGAACGAAAGUGA